AUGGAAGAGAGCAACCAGGUGCGCGAAGGCGUCGAGAUGCAGGGAGUCGACGGUGCUGCAGAUACGCCGUCGUCUACCUCCACCACCACUACCACCACCGCCUCUGCCUCUGCCUCUGCCUCAGUAUCAACAACUUCGACCUCUGCACCCAGUGCUGCUGCCCCUAUCAUGACGGCUCCCGCGGAGGGCCGUCCCCGACUGCCAGUCAUGCCGGCUACCACGGCCUCGAUUCGCACUACUUCCGGCAUGAUGACUCCCUCAUCCACGCCGCUGGGCCAUGUCAACGCUGCCCGCCGCCCUGGCCCCCUGCCGGCCCGCGGAAGCCAGUCCAGCGGCCUGUCCCAGGAUAUACAGGAGAAAAUGAAGGCCUUCUCCCUCUCUCGCCAGGGAGCUCCCGGCAACGGGAGCAACGGCAACGAGAGACUACCCGGCAUCCCUAUAGCUGCCCCUCAGGCUACCAGCCCCUGGUCCCCCCCUUCUGUUCAGGGAGGUGCCGCGGCUGCUCCCAUGGGACGUACUCCUACUCCCAAAAUGGGCGGAGGAGGACUUGCUGCUAAGAGAGGCAUGGCCGGUGGUAUGAAAUUGUCAAAUGUUACCGGACAGCCCCCCGGCGCCGCUCCGGGUAUACCCAACGCCAGCUCUGGUGCCAACGGAAGUCCAGCCAGUCUGUCAAAGGCUAGCGGCACUCCGCAGUCCUCGAAUACCCCCGUCUCAGCUUUUAGCAAGUACUCGGAGCUCAUCGAUACAAAGGCCGGCACUAUCAAUUUUAAGAACAAGGCCAUCAUCCAUGGCGGAGGCAUUGAUUUCUCCUCCGGCCAGAGCUUUAGUAUCUCCCUGGAUGAUGUUGAGUCUCUCAAUGAGCUAGGGAAAGGGAACUACGGUACCGUCUACAGAGUACGACACUGUCGGCCAAAGAUACGACGACCUGGUCUCGGCUUGAAGGGGAGCAUGGUAGGAAAUCUGCCAGACAGCAAUACCAACAACAACAUCAACAACAAUAAUCAGAACAAUAAUGACUCGAACUCCCUCGAUACAACUUCAAAUACGAAAAAGAACAAGGGCGACCUUACAAACGUCAUCAUGGCCAUGAAAGAGAUCCGUCUCGAGCUCGACGAGGCCAAAUUCACCGCUAUCAUUAUGGAACUCGAUAUCCUACAUCGCUGUAUCUCACCCUUCAUCAUCGAUUUCUACGGCGCCUUCUUCCAGGAAGGAGCUGUCUACAUCUGUGUUGAGUUCAUGGACGGUGGAUCUAUGGAAAAAGUCUACUCAGGGGGUGUGCCUGAAAACAUUUUGCGCAAAAUCACUCUGUCGACUGUCAUGGGCCUCAAGUGUCUCAAGGACGAACAUAACAUCAUCCAUCGAGAUGUGAAACCGACAAACAUCCUUGUCAACACGCGUGGACAGAUCAAGAUCUGCGAUUUCGGAGUGAGCGGUAACCUUGUUGCUAGCAUUGCGAAAACAAAUAUUGGCUGUCAGAGUUACAUGGCCCCCGAGCGUAUUGCAGGUGGUGGGCAUCCCGGUAGCUCCGGUGGAGGCACGUACAGCGUUCAAUCCGACAUCUGGAGUCUUGGCUUGACCAUCGUCGAAUGUGCGAUGGGCAGGUACCCCUACCCCCCUGAGACAUACAACAACAUCUUCAGCCAACUCAAUGCAAUCGUGCAAGGGGACCCGCCAACUCUGCCCGAUCCAGGCUUCUCCCCCGAGGCAAAAGACUUCGUCGCAAGCUGUCUGCAGAAAAAUCCCGCUGCCAGACCAACAUACGCCAAUCUUAUUCGACACGCCUGGGUAGAAAAGCUCAUGCAACCCCCCACUGCUACUCCAGAAGCAACGGAAGCAGCUGAAAUCAUAGGAUCAGAAGAGCCAACCGAUGCCAGAAGUCCAGAUGGACCCGACUACAACACUGACACCUACGAUAAGGAGGUCGCUGCCUGGGUUAUAGAAGCUCUUAAACGCCGGGCGGGUGAAGCUAAUGGCAGGGAACGACCUGCUUUACACGCCGUAGCACUGGACGCAGUGCCUAAAAGCCCGUUACUCGAAGGCCAGAGCUAG